AGCAACGGCUUCAUUUGCAAAGUCUCUCUCUAGAGAAAAGCAAAGGGAAAAAUCAUGGAGAAAAGCAAAGUUCUAGUAGUUGGAGGAACUGGGUACUUGGGGAGGAGGAUUGUGAAAGCAAGCUUAGAACAAGGUCACAAAACCUAUGUCCUUCAGAGGCCUGAGAUAGGACUUGAUAUUGAAAAGCUUCAAACGCUGCUGUCGUUUAAGAAGCAAGGAGCUCAUCUUCUUAAAGCUUCCUUUUCUGAUCAUAACACCUUAGUUGAAGCUGUGAAGAAGGUUGAUGUCGUCAUCUGUGCCAUCUCUGGUGUGCAUUUUCGAACCCAUAACCUUCUCAUGCAACUCAAACUUGUUCAAGCCAUCAAAGAAGCAGGAAACGUUAAGCGUUUCUUGCCUUCAGAAUUUGGUACAGACCCAUCAAAAAUGGAACAUGCACUUGAACCAGGAAGAGAGUCAUUUGAUCAGAAAAUGGUAGUGAGAAGGGCAAUAGAAGAGGCUAACAUCCCCUUCACUUAUAUUUCUGCCAACUGCUUUGCCGGCUACUUCGUUGGCAACCUCUGUCAACUUAACACGCUCACUCCUCCAACCGACAAAGUCUAUCUCUAUGGAGAUGGCAACGUUAAAGCUGUUUUUGUGGAUGAAGAUGAUAUUGCAACAUACACAAUCAAGACAAUAGAUGAUCAUCGAACAUUGAAUAAAACAUUGUACUUAAGGCCGCCAGAAAACAUCCUCUCUCAAAGACAACUAGUUGAGAUAUGGGAGAAGCUCAGCGGUACCAAACUACAAAAUAUUAGCAUUUCUGGAGAACAAUUCUUAGCCUCCAUGAAUGAUGUGGAUUAUGCACAACAAGCAGGAAUUGGACAUUUUUAUCAUUUUUUUUAUGAAGGAUGUUUGACAAAUUUUGAAAUAGGAGAAGAUGGAGAAGAAGCUUCGAGUCUUUAUCCAGAAGUAAAGUAUACUUGCAUGGAUGAAUAUUUAAAAAUCUACAUUUAAUCACUAUGAAUUUUAUCUAUGGAUGAGUGUUUCUCAAUCUCCUAUAAGCUUGAUUUUUAGUUCUUGGACCCACUUGAUUUUGCCAAUAAUAAUAAUGUAAUAAUAAGGUGAUUUCAA